CAUUGACCAUGGACUUGAUAUUUUGAUGCCAUGAAUUAUGUUAACAAAUACCGUUUUCCCAAAGACCUGAGACACUCUUACUCACAGUGACAUCACCAUAAUGAUGAAUCAACGCCAACAGAUUACUCAAAGUGGAUAGAGCGCACUGUCAGCGUGUCGUUCAUGUCGGCAAUUGUUUCGUUUAUCAAGGAGAAUUGUCUGCAGGAUGAAGCUGUGGGUUCACCAGAAGAGCUUCUGUGAGGAGGAGCUGAUUCUUAACCCUAAGGAGUUCCCCGGCAUCCAAGUCGGUGACAUCUUAGAAAUUUAUCAUCCUGACGAGGACAACAGCCAUCUCCUACUUCAAGUUAAGACACUGAAGAAUGUGGAGUUACCUCAGAAAGAUAUCAUCAGCGUUGAGCAGACCAUCGCUAACCUCUUCCAGCUGAGGGCUUACAAGGAUGUCGCGGUCAUUCCGGUCACUUCCGUUCAGGAUGUGGGUCUGGACCUUGUGGAGCUGGUCUUCAAGGACCAGUACAUCAGCCGCAGCGACAUGUGGCGGCUCAAGAAUAACCUGGUUAGAUCGUGUAUCCACCUCCAGCAGAAGAUUGAAUUCACAGGCAUCCGGGCCCAGGUCAACGAACUCUGGGCGCGGGGUGAAAAGGUCAUGUGCGGGGCCGUUACCGAGGAUACGCGGGUGGCGUUUCGAUCCUCCACUGCCAUGGUCUACAUGUUUGUACAGAUGAGCUCUGAGAUGUGGGACUUUGACACGUGUGGUGAUCUUUACCUUGAGAAGGCCGUCAACGGUUUCUUGACGGAACUCUUCUGCCAGUGGAAGCGCUCCAACAUCAACAGCGAGCUUACCUUGGUCCUCUUCUCAAGAACUAUCUAUGAAGCCAAGACAAUAAAUGAGUUUCCUGAGAGUAUGCAUGGUGCAUUACAUGUGGACUCUGCUGGCAGGAUUUACGAGGACUUCUACAGGGUUGUGGUGCACAAUGAAAGGAGGGACGACUGGAUGCAGAUGCUGUCAACUCUCAAGCAGAUCAUGUGGGAAUACAAUGAUGCAGUAGCGUCUAGCCACCGAGGAGAUGGUUCGAUUCCCAAGGGUUACAACUGCAAGGCAGCGGAUGGUAACCUGCUAGAGGCCAUGAAUAUGUCACUCAAUGUGUUUGACAAUCACUACAUCAACAGGAACUUUGAUCGGACCGGCCAAGUGGUUGAGAUCGUUACGCCGGGGGCAGGGGUGUUCCACGUGGACAGAACGCUGUGCGACAUCACCAAACACAGAAUGAUUGAUUAUGGUAUUGGGAGUGAUCUUGUUUGUCUGGCCGAGCAGCCUCCUCAUCCAGUUCCACUUCUACUGUUCAAUGAUGACAUAGCGAAGAGUCCUGGCUCCACAGACACUCAUCACAUCCCCUACUGGCUGAAUUACAGCUUCUACCUGUCGCCCAGCCAGAGACACCGAAACUUCUCCUCCUCUCAGUCACACUUCAUACCCAGAAUCAGACUGCCCACUAGAAACGCCCCAGAUAGACCAUCUGCCGGCCUCAAUGCCCUACCCAAGCUACCUCCAAGAACAGCCAAUGAAAUGCACAGCUCGGGGUCACAUGCUGCCGGUUACACCGAUGAGGAGUGGGACGAGUUCUCACAGUUUGACCGGACCAUCUUCAAAUCCCACCCUGCCCGGGUCAAAAAGUGCAAUAACCCCUUCGUGCCGGCCUCCCUGACGACAAAGCUCACUCCAGACAGACGGAGGUGGACGCAUACUUUCCCGCACGGUCCCCAUGGCGACGUGAUUCAACUUCAUCACAGGUCCAGCUCCCAGAGCCUGAUGGAGUCUAGCGGGGGCAGUGGCAGUGAACUCAGCUCCUCCUCCAGCGCCUCCAGUCUGUGCAAUGAGUUCGCUGUGGAGGAAACUACAGCAGAGGGCCUAAAGAUUGUUCUGCAUGAUGCUAGACAUGAAGCCACUGUGGCCAAUAAGGAGCAGCCACCGUUUGCACAAAAAGAAUCACCCAGCAGAAUUGGCAGCUUGAUGGUCAACUUGAAGCGUCGGAUUGGCUGUGGAUGGGGCAUUACUGGAGAGCAGGCAUGGACACCAUUCCUCCAAACAGGUGUGGACUGGAAGUCCCUGACUGCGACGGCAUGUUUCCCAAUCACGACAGACUUCUACCCUGACAAGAAGACCUUAGAGAUGGACUAUCUAGAGAGUCCUCACACCCUGGAUAUUAUCCCUGACGAUGGGGACGAGGCCUUCUCCCCGUCUGGUAAAACCAUCCAGAGUGCGUUUGAGGAGCUGGUCUCCCAGCGUCUCAUCCAGAAUUAUCAACUGAUAGUCCUGCCCCGGUCUGAGAUUGCAAGCCUGGCACACAAAGGAAGCAGCCAUCUUCCCCUGGUCACUAACCCAAGCAAGCAUGAGUACAUAUUGAGCUACGGCCAAACCUACCACAAGAUUAUCCUCAAACCAGACAUGAAAAGUGUGGAGAUAGUCCGGUACAAUGCAAGAAAACCGAGAACAAGUCCCAAGCUGGGUUACUCCUACCGUCUCUGGGCGAUACGUAAAUCUGGCUACGAGACUGCCCACACCAGAGUCUACCACAAGCCUGUGGACAACAAGUGGAAUCAUCGGGAUAACUACAUCUGCCUCGGUGGCGAGGCCACCAGGGAAGGAUUUGACCUUCAAGAGUCCUUGAAGUUCUGGCGUAGUCGUUUCAUCCUCCUCCCCUCCGCCUCCUCCCUGGUCCGUAAGCUCUCAGACCAGGGCUACCAGGGCCCAGUGGAUGUCUUUGAGGAGCGUAGCAUGUCUCAGAGAUUGACACUCCUGGAUGGGUUUCUGAGGUUUGUGGAGGGGUGGAACCGCAAGAGGAGGGCCCCUAGUAGACCUCCAAGUCAGAGGCCUUCGGUGGUAGGAGACCCCACCCAAACCACCACACCCCGUCGCCUGAAGUCCCGCAGCGGGCCCACCAGCGGGCCCACCAGCGGUGACAGCACCCCGACCACCUUCCAGCCCAACCCUAUGUUGUCCACGGCCAGCAUCAACAGCGCCCUCGCUAGCAUCGGGAUCAUUGGAGGGGGAGGGGCCAAGGGAAAGGAAGAAGGAGGCGGAGUGUUCCUUCCAAAGAGCCCGGGAUCACCGGAGCCGGACAAGCUGUCUCUGCUGACACCUGCGUCGCAUGUCGCUUCCAUCAUGAGAAGUCCAAUUGAGGGGGUCAGUUUGAUGACCGGGGAUGUCAAGGGCCUAACAGGGGACUGUUUCGUCUCGGCAGAUGCCGUCGCCUGGAUACGGAAAAAUUUGAUUGGCAGCGUCAGCCAUGAUGAGGCUUUAAGCCUUAUGCAGAUGAUUCUGGAGGAGGGUCACAUCCGAUCUGUUUUCAGUGCAACGGCCAACAAGACAUUCCUGUAUGGCUACUACAUCUAUUGCUUCGUACCACAGUCAGAAGUCACCAGCCCAGACUCCAGAAGGCCUUCAGGAAUUCCAGCUACCCGAUCCCCUUUGACCUUGACCUUUGACACAACCUCUCGCAACCCGUGGUUCGAGGUGUCCUGCUCGCACCCAGAAGGAGGGAAUUAUGGGAAGCUAUCCCAUCAGCCCUCGGAGGAGAGCUCAGAAAAUAGGGACGAGACGGCAGCUGAAAAUCAGGAGGGAGUCGAUUCCGCUGAAGUUGAGAAAGACAAUGGUAUCGGCAGUGAACCAGAGACCAGCUUCCAACAGCCGGCCUACAAGUCACUCUUCCUGGAGAUCGACAGCAGCAAGCUCAAGGAUCGCGUGGAGUGGUGCCAUGUUGGUUACCAUAGCAACUACAACCCCGUCUCGGCCUUUGAGAUUGAGCUGCAGUGGCUGACCUCUACGCCGAGUCUGCUGCAGGAGCUCAUCACCAACUGGGCGAGGCGUGCGGUUACCAGCGGCUUCCACCUGGUACCCACCCACGUAGACCCCUUUGGCUUCAACUGGGACACCUCGGAUUCCCUGCACAGUCCUCUUUUCAUUGAGCUACGGCUGCCUGGGGAUUGCCUGGGGGAGGUGAAGGGGUCAGGUGAGGAUAGCACAGCGAUGGAAGUAGGAAGGAGAAUACAACAGGCUAUCCUUACAAGGUUUGGUUUCCUUAGCAACCAGACGUCAUACCACAGCCCGUUAGCCAGCAACACACAAUCAGAUCACAGCGCUCUCCCCAUUCACAGCCAGUACGUUCACGUCACAGGCUGCGCGUUUCUCCUUACAUUACCUUUCAGCCAACCGCCCCCCUCGACCCUUCAAACCCAACACCUGCCAUGUCUGUGCAAGCUUGGGGCUGGCCACACCAACAGCAGUUGCCCUACUUCCGCUAGCAGAACGCAGAGCAACGGUAUGGGGUUCGAAUCCCCGAUCCCGGAGCGCUAUGGCGGGAAGUUUGGCUUCCUGUACGUCCACAACUACCUCCUGAGCAAGAAAUGGCGAUCGUCGGCCACUGGGGACGAGAAAUUCCACGAGGCACUGCUGGCGGACUUCAGCCGGUUCUGUCAGGGGGAGGACGGGAGGUUAGUGCAACUCUUAGAGACGAUGAGGAGCUGUAAGGAAGAGACAUCUGCAGGUGCCGAUGAUGACCAACUCGGAUAGGUCUUGUUCUCCUCACAGUCAGUCACUGACAUGAGUACGUUUAGUCGAGGGCCAUUAGUCAACUUACCAUUGAUUUGUGAUUUAACUUAAGCCUAUACACAAAUGGCAACGUUUUACUAGAAUGUCUCUAGUGAAUAACAAAGGUUGGAGGUCAGUUUGGAAAGGAAAUUUUGAUCGUUUGUAAGAAACAUAGCAAAGUGGUUUCUAGUGUUGUGGUAUUCUACUGUAUAUUUUUAUGUGUAUGUUUCAUCUUCUAUGCAGUAUCUUUCACUGUAAUAUGAAUCGUGUAUAACAAAAAUGUAUUUUAAACAAAGAUUCCUAUAUUUGUCAUUAACUUUCUAUAUUGAGCAACCGCUAUCUAUGUGUGAAAACAGUGGUUAGGGAUAUGUGAACCAAAUUCACUUGAAUGCAGGACUGAUUUGAAAUACAACCACUCAACUACAGACUGGUAGCAAAUCACCUUACUGAUCUUAUCUAUGCUUAGAUAUGUCUUCCAUCAGGGUACCAGACCAAGAUGGCACUUGCAGCAUGCGCAGAGCGACAAAUGUUAAACUAUACAAUAACGUAAAUAAAAAUUAACAAUGCAAAUGGUUGGCGAUCUAUGAAGGUUUGCAAUUACAAGUCAAGUGACUUAACUCUCAGUACUUCCAGGUGAUGAUUUUUAAAAAAAUUCAGGUCCCAAAUUUAAUCAAUACGAGUCACUGGAAUAUCUUGUGUUUAAACAGUUUUCUUUUAAACUUGCCAUAGAGGUGACAACAAAGUCAUUCUGAAUUCACUUGAAAUAUUAAGUAUGCAGCUUGUUUUAAACCACUUUCAUUUUUGCUGAAACAACCGUCCAUUUCUCUGUAGAGUAUUAUCUGAAACUGGAAACUUCUUAACUGAAAUUUAAAAACUUGUAAGAUAUGUCCCUGGAAUGUUUUGCCCCCAUACUCUCCUUAAAAUGUCAAAAGCUAGCUUAUAUUUUGUAAUACAACUAUCUACAGUGCUUGCAGUAAAGUUGGUAUAAGUAUAUCUGCCAUUGAAAUCGUUUCUAAAUAUUGUUUUCUGCUUCAUUUUUUGAGGGGAAGGGUGAUCUUUUCUGUAAAUCAUUACACAUGGGAUAAUAGUAGGUGAAUCAAUGCACAAAUAAGAUACUUUUUGUGGGGAAGAAUAAUUUAUAAAUCAGUUUAUAUUUAGAACAUAUAAAAAUGUGUUAACUAUUAAGGGGGAGGGAGUCAGGCAGUGUAAGAAACUUGUCUUUGAAGGAAGCAAACAAAAUGACAAGAAUAUGCACCUAUCUAUUUUUUUA